AUGGACCUCCUGCCAGAUCUGUGGAGGCAUGAGUACUGGCUGCCUCCUGGGAUCACCUGGAGAGACAUGGAGCAGAUGCAGGAGUGUCCGCGACCCCGUGACCUGCUGUUCGCCUUGCCUCUGGCUCUAGGGUUCAUUGUCCUCCGUCUAGUAUUUGACAGGGUUGUGGCUCCCCCUUUGGGCAGAUGUGUGGGGUUGAGGAACAGACUACGCAUGGCUGUCGCUCCCUCCACGAAGCUUGAGUCAUUCUACACCCAACAAAACCGACAACCAUCUCAGAGUGAUAUCAUCAGUCUAAUGGCACAAUGUGACAAAACCCAGAGACAAAUUGAGACCUGGUUCCGUCACCGCAGAAACCAAGACAGGCCCAGCUACACCAAGAGGUUCUGCGAGGCUUGUUGGAGGUUUUUCUUCUACCUCAUAGCUUUCCUAGCUGGACUCGCAACUUUGAUCAAUAAAUCCUGGUUUUGGGACCAGAGAGAAUGCUGGACAGGAUAUCCACAACAACCAAUUGAGAGAGCCCACUUCUGGUACUACCAGCUGGAGCUGGGCUUCUACCUCUCCCUGCUUCUCUGUGUCUCUGUGGACGUCAAGAGGAAAGAUUUCAAGGAGCAGGUGAUUCACCACAUUGCCACAAUCUUCCUGCUUGGUUUCUCCUACUGUUCCAACUAUGUACGGAUAGGUACUUUGGUGAUGCUGCUUCACGACUCCUCUGACUUCCUCCUAGAGUCUGCCAAGAUGUUCAACUAUGGCACGGGCUGGAGGAAGACGUGCGACACGUUGUUUGUCAUUUUUGCUGCUGUCUUCCUGGUGACUCGCCUGGUGGUGUUUCCCAGCAAAAUAAUCCACACAACCCUUGUGUUGUCCAUGGAAGUCUUUGAACCCUUUGCUGGCUACUACUUUUUCAACAUUCUUCUGAUGGUGCUACAAGCACUUCAUGUCUUCUGGGCCGUGUUAAUCCUACGGAUGGCCAACAAGUUUCUAUUCUUGGGCAAGCUGGAUAAAGAUGAACGCAGUGAUGAAGAGAGUGAGGAGGAGGAGGAUGACAAGGGAGAGGGGGAGGAGAAAGACGAAGAGGGGGAGUGUUGUUGGGAGAGAAGGAAAGAUGCCCUGAACUCCAAACUGAAAAUGCUGAGCAAAAGCUUUGUCUUAAACAACCUGACCAAUCACAGAGCUGCUAUUGUGAGCAAGAUGCGCAAAGCGAGGUAGAAUUAUGAACCUAGACAGAGUGAUUGUUUUCUGUCAACAAUUAAGUUACAUUAUAGACCAGUUCGGAUGGAGUACUUUUUCUCCAUCUGGCCACUAUUCCUCUCCGCAUAGUCUACUUGAUAGCAAUUGGUCUGCCUAUUUCAGUCUUUUCAAGACUGGAAAACUCUGUAUGAAAGAGACUUGCUUUCACA